UUAAAAACUUUCAGUUCUGUCUUUCCUGCACAUCAUCCACUUGCUUUCUGCGGUAGGUGCAAGUGUGUGGCUCUCAGAUGUCUGGGUCUCUGCCCUUGCCUUCACCCUCUCCCUCUCCCUCUCCCUCUCCCUCUCCCUCUCCCUCAUGUGACUACAGUGAAUGGUCUCCAACUUGGGUGCUGAUUCCGAGUGUGUACCUCUUGGUGUUUGUCGUGGGCUCCCUGGGUAACGGCUUAGUGCUAUGGGUGUACCUGGACCGCCGAGUGAGAGGCCGCGGGAGAAUUGGCAGCUGCUCCAAAUCUUCCCAGACCUCCGAUCCUCCUCCUUGCCGCUCCCCCACAUCUUCUCGUUCAGUGACAGAGUCUUUAAUAGCCAGUCUAGCAUUGGCUGACCUGGCCUUCGUCAUGACCCUGCCUUUGUGGGCGACAUACACAGCGCUGGGCUACCACUGGCCCUUUGGCCAUGUUCUGUGUCAGGUGAGCAGUUACAUCGUGGCAUUGAACAUGUAUGCGAGUGUGUUUUCUCUGACCGGGCUUAGCGUGGAGCGUUACUGCGUCAUCACACGACAGCAUGGCAACGGCUCAAAGCAGGGACGGUCAACCACACGUGCCAAAUGGAUUGUGGGUAUGGUGUGGCUGGCGGCUGGAAUCCUGGCACUUCCUGCUUUGCUUCUGCGGACUGUUAGGGAGGUGGAUUCGGAUAUGGGAGCUGAUGGCGAGGGGCAGGAUGGACAUGCGUCCUCCUGCUUGUGUGAUAUGGACUACUCCAGUUUGAUCUCAAGUGAACUUGACCCUGCAGCUUCAGAGCAGGCGGAAAUGAUGUGGUCAGCAGCUUUGGGGUUAAAAUCAACUCUUCUUGGCUUUCUGUUACCUCUCGUAGUGCUUUUGCUCUGCUACGGCUGGCUGGGGCGUCUCCUUUCCCGACACUUCAGCCUAGGCGUGCGCCCCGAUCAUACGCGCCAACGCAGGCUCCUCCGCAUUAUCAUCACCCUUGUGCUGGCCUUCUUCCUCUGCUGGCUACCCUUCCACACCAACAAGACACUCUCUGCUAUGGUAGAACUGGGCAUCCUUCCCUUUUCCUGCAGUUUUGACCAGUGGUUGGUGGCAGCCCAUCCAUACUCCAUCUGUCUGGGCUACAUAAACAGCUGUUUGAACCCUCUGCUGUACGCUUGCUGUGACCCAACACUCCGAAAGCACUGCAGUGGUCUGCUCAUGUGCGUAUGGGUCAAAUGCAGAGGUCAGAAGGGAGGAGAUGAGGAACAACGCAAGAAUUCACCAAUACCAUCUGGGACACAUGAAGUGACAGUUAGUAGAGAUGAGCAAUGAAGAGGCAAACAGAUUGAUGUGGUAAACAGGCUGUGGGACUGAGAUGGACCAUUUCUGUGGAAAAUUCCUAAAUAGGACUGUGAGAAUCAGAUUAUUAUUUCCCAUUCAUCUGUGAGAUUUAGCAUGAACUUCACCCCCUCAAGAGUUGCUGACAUAGUGUGGGAAUUGAUAAACAGACAGGAUCCAGUUAACGUUUUCCCAUGACAUUAUGCCAGAGUGAAGAGGAGCUAACAAGUUUUAGAUAAAAUACACUUGUACCUCCCAUCAAACUGAUGUAACUCAACUGCAGUGUUGGCUUGUUGCUGAAUUAUGAACAGCUACAGUAUGUUAUUUGCCCAUAUAUGCAAUAAUUUUUAUUACAUGUAAAUAAAAUUGAGUC